AUGGCGGCGAAGAUGGAGAUAACGUUGAGCUUGCAGCCCCCGUCUCCAGAUUCCCCUAAACAAGAGAGACACAUAAUAGCGAAGCUGGAAGAGAGACGGGAGCCCGCGCUGCCCAAUCACUGCCCCGAUCCUGAGCUGUCCCGCCAGCGCUUCCGACAGCUCUGUUACCAAGAGGUAUCUGGCCCCAAGGAGGCGCUCUGCCGCCUCGGACAGCUGUGCCGGGAAUGGCUGCAGCCUGAGCUGCACUCCAAGGAACACAUGCUGGAGCUCCUGGUGCUGGAGCAGUUCCUGAAUAUGCUGCCCCCGGAGAUCCGGGUCUGGGUGAGGAAGAGGUGUCCGGCAAACAGCAAGGAGAUGGUAGACCUGGUGGAGGAGUUUCACAGAGCCUCCAAGAGACCAAAGCAGUGGGUGGCUGUCUGCAUGCAGGGGCAGAAGGUGCUCUUGGAGAAAACCGGAGUUCAGCUUGGGGAACAGGAACUGCCAGACUUUCUGGACGAGUCUUCCGAGGCAGGACCUCAGGACCAGUUGAGCCACCACGAGGAGAAAUCCCAGCUCUUCCAGGACUCAAGCCUCAAAUUGGCCGGGACAGAGGCCACCAGAAUGAGAAGUGACAACAAGGAAAAUCCACAACAGGAAGGGAUUAAAGGAGCAAAGCCUUGUGCAGUCUCAGCUGAGAGAUCCAAAGGGAAUUGUCUACAGAGUCCUGAAUCUAGAGUGGUGAAUAUAAGUGAACCCCGGUUGUCACCAAGACAGGUCAGCCCUUCAAAUGCUCAAAAGCCAUUCACUCACCACCAGAGACAUUGCAGGCAACUGGAAUACGUUAGCAACCCCCUAAAAAGCCAUCUGCUGAGAGAAGUUAAGAAGAGCAAUCAUUUAGAACAUCUUGGGCACCGGAAGAAAUCUUUCAAAUGUGAUCACUGUGGGAAAAGCUUCUCAUUUAACUCAGAGUUGGAAAGACACAAGCGAGUCCACACAGGGGAGAGACCCUACACGUGUGAAGUGUGUGGAAACCGCUUUGGGCGGCAGUCAACACUACAGCUACAUCAGAGGAUCCACACAGGAGAGAAGCCAUUCCAUUGUGAUCUGUGUGGGAAAAGCUUUCGCCAGAAAUCAAACCUUCACAAGCAUCAAAGACUCCAUCAUGGAGUAUAA